CAUAUGGGACAGGAGAAGUGGUACCGUGCAGAGUCCAUACAGGACAGGAGAAGUGGGACUGUGCAAAGUCCAUACAUACAGAAUAAGGACAGAUACAGAAAAUUACACCCGACAUACAGGACAGGAAGAAGUGGGACUGUGCAAAGUCCAUACAUACAGAAUAAGGACAGGUACCAAGAAUUACAUCCGGCAUACAGGACAGGAGAAGUGGGACUUUGCAAGGUCCAUACAUACAGAAUAAGGAGAGAUACUGAUAAUUACACCCGGCAUACAGGACAGGAGAAGUGGGACUGUGCAGAGUCCAUACAUACAGAAUAAGGACAGAUACUGAGAAUUACAGCACA